UGGAACCCAUUGUUUGUGAUCAAAUUCGCUAUCGGCCACAUGGUCAAAACAAUAGCCGGACUUUGAAAGUUUUGUAAAUAGUAUUCCACCAUCUUGGAAUCAGUUGCUGAAUAUCGAGAUCGUUCGUUGGAAUUCCAGCACGAAAUUGGCGCGAAUCGAAACUACUUCGAAACUUCUGUCGUCUGCAAGCGUAUARCUUGAAAAUUCUUGAAUUGACUACACGUGUAGGAGCCCGCGAUCAGUUUGAACGAUUUGGAGCCACGUGAAGAAAGACAUCACCGCGGUAGACGAAAACUUGUUCCCUGGGAAACAUAAAGUAAUUUUGUGCUGUUUACCAUGUAAAGGCAAAAUAUGGAGAGUUUAUCUUGCUGCUGAAAGAUUUCAAAACGCCAGUCCCUCCAUGAUGAGGAAAAACCUURGCUCUGCUACGUCAAGGACACAUAUUGAGUURAAGAACAAGCGACUGAGAGAGAGGUGACUUAACACACAGACGGCUCGGAGUCCAAGGCCCAUGCCGCUUCGAAGAUCCCAUCGGAGACUCUGUACGGUGUUUGGAAUACCAUCCGUUCUUCACAACCUACAUUUAUAUCUAAUACUYAUAUGCGCUUCUCUCCCUCAUGUCAUCGGGGUAGGAGUGUUUGAGGUUAAGCUUCGAGAGAUCUGGAAUCCCGGGCAUCGCGACAUGAAUCAAAAGUGUUGCUCGGGUACUGAAUUGAAGGGUGUUUGUUCCAGCCCGUGUAGAACGUUCUUUUAUACGUGUUUAAGGCAGUAUCCACGCCCAGCACAUCCAUCAGACUGUACUUAUGGCCACAACACUUCGCGCGUUUAUAAUGACAGCUCAUUCAUUCUCACGAGUAACAACGUUGCAAGAUUUCCAUUUACUCCUAAUUGGCCGGGAUCGUUCUCUUUGAAAGUAACAGCCAAAGUCGCAGGGUCAAGCAAUACUAUCAUCGAAGCGCUAAUCAACACACCGUCUUACGGAGCAAGUCUUGAGUGGUCUAAUUUCACCCAAGAUGUCAACACAACUAAUGGCUUCAAGAUAAAACUUAAUCUCUCAUAUAGAUUUAUCUGUGCGCCUAAUAACUUUGGUGCCAAUUGCUCCAAAGCCUGUACUCCAAGAAACGAUCAAUUUGGGCAUUUUACAUGCGAUGCCAAUGGAAAUAUAGUUUGUCUGCCUGGAUGGGGAGGACAUCCUUCCGACAAGUAUUGCGAAAAUCCGAUUUGUAAUCCGGACUGCGGUAAAAACGGGCGCUGCGUUGGUCCAAAUACUUGCAGCUGUUCUCAAGGUUGGAGAGGACCUACUUGUAGUGAAUGUGAAGUAUACCCCGGAUGCGUACACGGCACGUGCAAAAGCGAAUGGCAGUGUAACUGCAUGUCAGGAUGGGGAGGUCUUUACUGUGAUUUAGAGCUGGAUUACUGUGGUCGAAACAAACCCUGUAAACAUGGUGACUGUAGAAACAUUGCCCCUGGAAGAUACAAAUGUCUUUGUAACAAGGGUUAUGGAGGCGUGAAGUGUGAUUCAGAGUUAAAUGAAUGUGCAAGUAAUCCAUGUAAAAAUAGAGGCACCUGCACAGAUAAAUUUGGAGAUUUCACCUGCUCAUGUCCUGCGGGAUUUCAAGGGAAACAAUGUGAAAUUAAUAUUGAUGAUUGUAAGAUGAAUUCUUGCAAAAAUGGUGGAACAUGCGUUGAUGGAGUAAGAAGUUAUUCUUGUCGCUGUCCAGCGGGUUUCUCCGGGAAAGCAUGCGAAGUAGUAUUACCGCGGACAACACGACAGCCAUUAAUCACCCAGAAUCCUGGGACUAAUACAACAGGAAACUCGGGCAAUACUACAAUUAUUGGAGGACAAAGAAAAGGAGAAUCAAGUGCUGGUUGGAGUGACUUAAAAGUCGUUAUUUUACCCGUCAUCUUCGGCUUUCUUAUUAUAAUAUGCCUAAUAGUAGGCUGUGUAUUAUGGAGAAUAUAUCGCAAGCGACAACCUUGCUGUUGCUAUUGUUGUUUACCGACGACUUCAAGUCGCGAUCCAGAGGAGCCCAACACACGAACUGAUCGUAUGAAACAAGUCGAUCCGUCCGAUAUAAACGGGUCAAGUGACACAGACUUGAAACAAUGCCGUGUGGGCAACACUUCCAAAACAAAGAACAAUAUUACUCCUGAUAUUAUUAUAAAUUUUGUACCCUCGCGGUCGAACCAGAAAAAUGUAAAUAGCGACAAAGCGAGUCGCAUCAGUAAAGAAAGACAACUGGAAUGCAAAGCAAGCACUUCGACAGAGGACACGAGGAUGUCUUUGGAGCUCACAGACAAAAUCCCAGAGCAGGAUUUGGGCGAAAUUUCCUUUCCUAAUCGAUGUUUUGAUAAAGGCUACUGGCAAGAAGUAGAAGUGGAGAUAUAAGUUAUAUUUUAAGGAAGGUUUGUCAAGCCCUUAAAUCGAACACAGGAGACAGUCACGUGAGCUCUUUCCCACGUGUUCUCUGGCAUCCAAUGGCGGCUGCGAGAAGUCAAUCUUCUAAGCCAAUGAAAAUUUGUCGCGACCAAUGUGUGGGAGUCGGAUGGUUUAACUGUUGCCACGACGACGUCAAGUCAUCACAAUCACGUGACAUCAGGACUUUGUUUUGCGGGAGAAUCGAAUGAGUUUAGCGAUUCCUUUUGCCUGGAAUUCUGCGACUUUUGCAAUAUGUGCAAGUCAUAUCAAGACUGAAGAGAAGAAAGAAACGUAGUUCUGUAAUGGAGGAUGAUGAUGAAGAACGAAUUUUGACUUCCUUACAUUGAAUGGAAGGACAGAAUUGGUUGGUACGUGUAUAGACAUGACCUGAUUAACACCAUAUGAAAACAUGGUGCGAUGUAUAUAUAAGGUUGUAAGUGACCACAGGCUGUUACCAUAGCAACCAAGAUUAAAGAUGAAGCCCAUUGAAGGAGAGCUCAUACUUGACAAGAAUCCAGUUGUAUAAAUAUUAUACCCAUUGUACGGCGAAAAAAUGGCAGGAUGUUCUAAAUGAAACAGUAGAGAAUAGGUUUCGCUAAACAAUAUUGGUGGGCAGGGUUGACAAUGUUAAUAUUAAUAUUACUGUUAGGUGGCUGGUUUCGGUACGUGCAUGCAUGUUUUAUAGGGUUACAUUUUACAGGGUGUUAUACUACAAAGACAGUGGUAUUUCAGUAGAAGGCCCAGUCUAGAUACCAACACUUUAAUGUUAUUAAAUUUGAUUCCAACUCUUGAUUUGUUCAUUUACUGAUUUUUCUUUUCCUAUUCUGUCAGCCAUUUUAAAAAGCAACCGAGCCUCCACAUGAAAACGAGGGUUGUUAUUGAAUGCAAAGGCUCGCUUACGUUUCAAAAUGGCCGCCAGAGCUGUGGAAGAAAAUAAUGUGUUAUCAAACAUUCAAGGUUUGGUAUCUUGUCUGGACCUCAGUCACGUGCACAGUCAUGCGCAGUAUGCCUAGAUGUCUUAAGCAUUUUCUCAUUAUUGUCGUUUAGGAUCAACCGUUCCUUUCUUUGGCGUAAUUUAAAGCAAUGAACGAAUUUUCUGAUAAAGAUCGGGCAAAGAAGAUUAUUUAGUUUGUUUUCUCAUCCAAGUCCUUUUAUUAGAAUAUAGAAUUCAUCGUAAACGUGUAGUUUUUAUCAAGAGAACCCUUUGGAGGUUUUUCAGUUUAGAAUCAACUACAGAAUGGGAACAGUCUUCACGUUCUCGUAAGUAAGAAAAGCCUAAUUGUUAUGUUUUCCAAAUAGAGUUGAGUUGAGAAUUUGGCAAGAGGGCUGUAUGUUUCCGGCGUCCUGUGAGUGGGAAACAUAUCGUGCUUAGUCGCAGUACAAAAACCUUACGACAGGCUGUAGCGGUGACUUGAAAUGGCUUUCUGUCUACGAGACAUCCAAUCAGAACGCGUAUUUACGGUUACGUUAAAAUUCGAAAUCCGCUAUUUUAUAUCUAUACACAACUGCGCAUGACUGUUAACGUGACUAUCGUUUUCAGUCUUCAUCCAAAACCAGUUCAUUUCUUACUCAUUAGCCAAUUUUCAUUUUUUGUAGGAUCAAGAAUAGUCGACUUAUUUACGAAUAACGUUUCAUAAAUAUUCCAUAACAUACCACUGCUUCGUAUCAGAAGUUAGAGUAAGGACCUAUGGUCGAUAACCGCCACUACCAGGGGAGGAGUGGGGUUAAAGAGGGAGGGAUUUUUCCCAACUUGAUUGAACUAAUGAUUUACUCUCAUGUGACGAUCAUAAUUUUAAGCUAAAUUUCUCUCAUCCUAAUGGUGACUUACUGAUAAAACUGGAAUUAAGAUUUGUGCUUGAAGUUUAAUCAUAGUAUAAGCGAAUGGAAGUAACUUAAGCUUACUUUUAGACUUCACUUUCAUAAAAUAAUAUUUUACGACUUGAAUUGAUGCUUUUAUUUGUUAGCUAAAWUUUUUGCAGUGGUCAUGAACCUCGCGCCAGGUCCCUCACACACGGCAACACACUUGCUUUUGCAUAAAAUUUGAAUUCACUAUUUAAGAAUGUCAAACUAACUAAAUUCUUUCAAGCCAUUGAUAUGUUGUUGCUCUAUAAAUGACGUCAUAGUGGAUUCACUAUUACGUCAUUCUACGUCACUUCCGUUCGCUUAAUUACUAAAUGCAACCAAACAAUCUAGUCAGACCGCAAUGAUCCCUUAAAUAAUUAUUAUAAUAAUGAUAAUUUUCACCGCUUGUGGUAAGAUCCCAAUUAGAUUGUAUAUAUAUAUAUAUUUUUGUAAAAUUUUCUACUGUUUAUGGUUUUGUAGAAACUGCCAAUUAUUAAUGAAAAACGUCGUCUACAAAAAGAAUCUAAUAUAUAUACAUACAUAUACAUAUGAUAUAUAUAAAUAUAUAUAAUAUAGAAUCAGCGAGUUAAUAAAACUACUUGCACUCCA